AUGUAUGAAGAAAACUUCUCCCGGCAAAUGAGUGACGUCUCCUCAAGCUUCGUCGAGCUCAUGUAUGAAGCCAACAAGCGCGGCAACCUCCCAGGCUGGCCUGAAACCUACAAACUGCAAUCCUUGCGUUCGGACUACAAUGAUUGGGUUCGAAAUCAUGGCAUGAGACUCGACUCGGGGGUCUCCAAUGCUCCUCGAAGCGAUCCGAACGAAGAUCGCGUCAAACGAGCUGCAAUUAGGCUAGCACUUUCCACCCUGGACUCCCAAAUCCAGCUGCUUAUGCAGGACUAUCGUGAUGGGCCUGAUUUACGCACUGCAUCUGGAGCGCAGAGUAAUGCAAGCAGUGUUGAGAGGAGUUUGACCACUCUUUCGAGGUGGACGUCCUGA